GCACAGAUGUUCAGUGAAAACAUGUCGGCAGUGAGAGGCUGCGCUGUGCUGCUGCUUCUGGCCGUCGUCGUUUCAGUCCCGCCUGCAGAGGGCAAACCGGCGAGGAUCAUCGGGGGGCAGGAGGUGGUGCCGUACUCUGUCAAAUACCAAGCCUCCCUGCAGUAUAAAGGGAGGCAUUACUGCGGGGGGACGUUGGUUCACCCCCAGUGGGUGGUGUCGGCCGCCCACUGCUGGAGGCCGAGCGGGCUGAUCCAGGUCGUCCUGAGCGAACACAACCUGAACAAAGUGGAAGGGUUUGAGCAGGUUUUUAACGUCUCACAGAUUCAUCUCCACGGAUUUAACUACCGGACGUUCGACAACGACAUCAUGCUCCUCAAGCUGAGCCGGCAGGCGGUGCUGAACUCCUACGUCCAGCCGGCGGUGCUGGCGGACCCCUCGGACCCCCCCUCGGGCAGCUUGUGCACGGUGAGCGGCUGGGGGGUGACGCAGAUCUACAGCUACUCCCUGUCUCCGGUGCUGCGCUCUGUGGACGUGCAGAUGAUCAAUUACUGCAGAUAUUACUACUGGGGGAGGAUCACCGACAACAUGCUGUGUGCCGGCUCCCCCCGCGGCGGGAAGGACUCCUGCCAGGGGGACUCCGGGGGGCCUCUGAUCUGUGACGGGCAGCUGGAGGGCAUCGUGUCCUGGGGAAUCAGCUGCGCUAACCCCUACUUCCCCGGGGUCUACACCAAAGUGAGGAACUACGUGGGCUGGAUCCAGAGGGUCAUCGCUACGUUCUCUCCAUGA